GAGAGAUAUACUUUAUUCUUCCUGAGGGAAAUUUUAGGACAUAUGUUGUCGUUGUCGAUAACAACGUAAGGAUAACUAAAGAAGAGACGUUUGAGCUUGUUCCAGUUCACGUUGAGAGAGAUUGAACCUGUCGGCAGCAGACCAAAUAGAAGCCCAUUUGAAGAUGGAUGGAAGAGGAGAGUCGAGAGGACUAUGCGGCAUCAUUAUUGAAUACUUUAAAGACUCCUUCAGACCAAGAGGGGCCAAGAAAGUUACGGCUAAUGUGGACGCUGCUGAGAGAAGGGAAAAGGAAGAUGAUGGUAAUAAAGCUUCUGGAGAACUAAAGGAAAGAUGGAUGUCUUGUCUAUGGUCUUUUCCCAUACACAUCCUUGUUCAUGACGCGAACGCUCCUGCUGCCCAAGCUGCCAGUCAGCAGUCACACCCGGGAAGUGCCCUAACGGGUCUGCCACCACCUAACCCGUCCUUGCCUCUAGUCCAGGGCUGUGGGAUCUCCAAGUGUCCUACAGCUUCCCAGCCUGCUGACGACGAGGCUGUCUCUGCCCCAAAGCCUGUUGCUACUGCAGGCCAACGAGCUGCUGCUGCACCUCCACUGCCAGCGGACCAGACCUCAUCCCCACCCGGCACGUCAUCUUCUGUGACACAGAGGAAAAUAUCUAAAUCAUCGCCCAUCAACAAGACAACCCAUAUUGCAGAGGAUGAGGGGACUGAAAGAACAAAGAAAGAUGAUGGAGAUGCGACGACAAAAGUCCUUGUUCAUGACGCGAACGCUCCUGCUGCCCAAGCUGCCAGUCAGCAGUCACACCCGGGAAGUGCCCUAACGGGUCUGCCACCACCUAACCCGUCCUUGCCUCUAGUCCAGGGCUGUGGGAUCUCCAAGUGUCCUACAGCUUCCCAGCCUGCUGACGACGAGGCUGUCUCUGCCCCAAAGCCUGUUGCUACUGCAGGCCAACGAGCUGCUGCUGCACCUCCACUGCCAGCGGACCGGACCUCAUCCCCACCCGGCACGUCAUCUUCUGAUAGCGUGUUUGAUGUGUGUUAA